UGUACCGGCUGUCGGUGUUGUCCUGAUGGCACAGUGUGCAUCACCACCAAUGGAGUUGCUGAAUGCAUUGACGCCUGUGUGAAUUACAAUGUACUGAACGAUGCCUGGCGUUCAACAGAGAACACAGACUAUUCAAUCUUACACUGUGACUAUUACACUGCCUGGAGUGGUUGGUAUCGCUUUUACUUGGGUCAGACCAGCGCUCAGAUUCCAGAGAAAUGUGUAGCAGAAAGAAGAUGUGGAACUCAUGCUACUUUGUGGAUAAAUGGGGCUCAUCCAGUUCAGCUUAACGAAACCGUAACUCGGACUGUGUGUAGCACUUGGUAUGGUUCCUGCUGCUAUUUUCCCACGCACACCGUCCAGAUCAAACGUUGUUAUGGAUACUACGUCUACAAACUUCAACAGCCGUAUGGAUGCUAUAUGGCAUAUUGUACAGAACCUCAACCCUUCAGAGUAUCGACACAAGAUGAGAGCAGCAUCACUCUGCAGUGGAACAAGAUCAACAACAACAGCAGCACCAGCUUUAUUCUGCAGUUUAAUGGCACAGAGAUAAACAUCACUGCACCAGAUGGAGAUGGACCAGUGAACUACACAGUCUCAUCUCUCACUGCUGGAACCAGAUACACAUUCACUCUCUUCACUGUGUUUGAAAAUGUGAGAAUCAAUGUAGAGCAACUGACAGCUGUGACUGCUCCUCGAAAUGCAGAAGGAUUUAUGAAGUUAGAACAAGAUGAGAGCAGCGUCACUCUGCAGUGGAACAAGAUCAACAACAGCACCAGCUUUGUUCUCCUGUUUAACGGCGUUGAGACAUUCAUCAGAGCACCAGAUGGAGAUGGACCAGUGACUCACACAGCCUCUUCUCUCACUGCUGGAACCAGAUACACAUUCACUCUCUUCUCUGUGUUUGAAAACGUCAGAAGCAGUGGAGUCAGCAUUGCGGUGGUCACUGCACCUAAAAAUCCAGAGGGCUUCAGAGCAUCGGAACAAGAUGAGACCAGCAUCACUCUGCGAUGGAAUAAAGUCGGCAUCAACAUCAGCUUUGUUCUGCAGUUUAACGGCACAGAGACAAACAUCAGAGCACCAGAUGGAGACGGACCAGUGAAACACACAGUCACAUCUCUGACCGCUCGUACAAACUACACAUUCACCCUGUUCUCUGUGUUUGAAAAUGUCAGAAGCAGUGGAGUCGGCAUACUUGCAACUACUGGGCCAAAUUAUGUUUUGGGAAUGAAUCUGAGGUUGAAGCUUCCCAGCACAAUGACAGAAUCAGAGCUAGAAGACGCUUUGAUAGAGCUCCUCAGGAAAUAUAAUCUGCCGCCACAGAUUAUUCUGAAAAUCGUUUCUUCCAAACCUUGAAAUCAGCGGGGGAAUCAAAUUCUGGAUAAUUCAUCUGUAACGUUGUUUCCUUUCCCUGAAAUAACAUGAGGUUUAUUUUAUGUACCAAUUUAAAAAUUCUGGAAUGUUGUAAUUUUACAGAUUUGAUUUUCUUUUGUGAGAUAUUGUAAUCUAUUUUUGUUCACCAAGAACUCAAUUAAGAAUUUCUUCUAUUUUCAUUAAUCAUUUAUGUACAUUUCUUCUAUGAUUGUGUUGUCUCUAAAUACAGUUUUAGGAAUCAAUGAAUUGGUUACUUUUUAUUGAAAAAUGGUCUUAGAUGAAAUACUGGAAGCUAGGUGCAGAAACUUGAAAAAACCUGAAAGAAAAAAAACUUAGAUAUGUGGUGAUACGAACAAAGUAAAAGUAAGAAGAAGCAAAACUUAAAUCAGUGUGACUCCAUUUUGCUCCCCUGGACAUUACGUGAAUGUGAAAUUCUGAUCUCCCACCACCAGGUGGCGGUGUAGGUAUUUACCACAAAUUUCAGUGACACAGAGUUCAACCAAAAAUGUGAUGCGACAGCCAGGUCAUAUGAGGUAAUGGGAGUUCUUUAAAACUAUUUGAAAUGCAUGCCAAAGCUAUACUCAGAAACCGCUUUUCAAACGGGUAUUUCCUGUAGCUCAUCUAUUGUUAUCUCUGGUUCUUAGCGUCACAAACAGUUUCCCAGAAAGCUUAGCUGAACUCAUGACAGAUUUACUAGACAGCAUAACCCAAUGUGCAAAAUGUGUUCAUCUUUGAGUUUCUGCUCUGCUAUUACUCUGAAGAACAGAUGGCACACAAUUGAAACACUAUUAACUUUAUGCUUUAUAAUAUGAUUUAAUUGCAAAUAAUUAAAAGGACCACUAAAGUAAACUCAGUGAUCAAACCAAAGCUAAGCUCAGUGUGAAAACAGAAAUAAAACCAACAUUUGUUGAUAACAUCUCUAAUAUGGAAAUGUUAAUCAAGGUAAUUAAAAAUAUUUCGAGUAUAUUUUGACACAAAGAUUUGAUGCAAACUGUUUGAAGUUGAAGAGUUCCUCCCCUAUUCUGUAAAUUUAUUAGAUUUAUGAAAAUAAGGAAUCCAAAAAACCCCUGCAAAUUUGUCAGGGCGUUACUAUAAAACUACUUCUGUUAGCAAUUUAUUCCAGGCUGGACUUUUUGGCUUCUCAACUUUUUCAGUUCGCUGUACAUCUAUAAAAAUGCACACACUAUCCUGAAAAAAGAGAUUCAGUUGUAUGUUUUAUGCAAUGGAUGACAUGAAAACGGUUGCAAUAAUAAUUAGUCAUAGACAAAGAUUGGAGGAAUAUGUGGUUUAGAUUCAGAGCUCGUCGUGAAGAUCUGCCUCACUCCAUGUCUGUCUUUGCCAGAGAUUUUUUUAUUGCUACUGACACAUAAAUAUGAUCAAUUAUUGACUGAUUUUCUGCCUCUUAGAUUAUGCCUGUGCCUCUAUGGGAAUUUUUUUCACAAGUUUUGCAAACGUAGAACGCUUGAAAACCACAUGAAAGCGAAAUACUUUUAUUUUACCCUCACAAAAUAAGCUUAUGCUUUAUAUAAAGGGGCGAUUGGUAUUCCGGUCAGUGAAAAAUGUUUUGCUUGUUUAGAUGAAGAAUGUAGUUUGUCAGGAAGUUCAAAAUGUGAAAAACAAGGAAAUUCUGGCUAAACUAAUCUCAGAUUUAUGCUGAGAUAAUCUGCACAGAUUUGACUCUGACGUCGUCAGCUUGCUUUUUUCACUCAACCAAUGAUGAUUUAAAGCUUAAUUUAAAAAUGUUCUUUUUUGUUAAUGUGUCUGUUUUCUGUUCCAUUAUAGUCUUCUUUCUUUUACAUUUUAGAGAGCUAUAUUGAGGAAAAACAAUACUUUAUUUGGAUUUUCAGAGAUACUUCAUUGUUAAGACAAUACUCAUCUGUUUCUUUAUAUGUUUAAAUCAUUAUUAAAUUUGCUGUUCAAAGUUGGUUGUCUGGUUACAUUAGACUUAAUUGUUCAGUUAUUACUUUUCUCUGUUAUUUUAAAAUAACUACCUUCUACAGGUUUUCUAAGCUUCUAAAUAAAGUAUGCGUUCUAUCCUUCCAUCUUCUUUAGCUUUCUGUUUGGAUCUCCCAACUAUUUCACUGCAACAAAUGAAACAACUUCACCAGA